CUGCGCCACUUUGAGCAGCCAGUUAUUCGCGUCAGCAGCAGUCCUGUUCUGUCGCCGGGGUACCGGUCAGGGUUCAGAAAGAUGUGGGUGUUUGGUUACGGGUCCCUCAUCUGGAAAGUGGACUUCCCCUACCAGGACAAGCUGGUUGGUUACAUCACAAACUACAGCCGGCGCUUCUGGCAAGGCAGCACUGACCACCGCGGGGUUCCCGGCAAGGGCAGUGUAUGGGGUGUUGCUUACAAACUACCAGUAGGAAAAGAAGAGGAAGUAAAAACAUACCUUGACUUCAGAGAGAAAGGAGGCUACAGAACUACAACAGUCAUUUUUUAUCCAAAGGAUCCCACAAGAAAACCAUUCAGUGUUUUGCUCUACAUUGGAACGUGUGACAAUCCUAACUACCUUGGUCCUGCACCUCUGGAAGACAUUGCUGAGCAGAUUUUUAAUGCAGCUGGCCCAAGUGGAAGAAACACAGAAUAUCUUUUUGAACUUGCAGAUUCUAUUAGGAAACUUGUGCCAGAAGAUGCAGAUGAGCAUCUCUUCUCUUUGGAAAAAUUAGUAAAGGAACGUUUAGAAGGAAAAUAGAACUUCAGUAGCACAUAGUCACCAACUCCUCCAAACAGGCAGAGCUUUUAAUCUUCAGAGAAUAACUUCAGUACAAAACAGCAGUAUGUUUUGGACAUUCUUACUUGAAGAUCUUACUAUUUAAUGUUGUAAUUGGAAUGUCAUCUAAAUUUACUGUUUAUUUACAAGUUUCCUAAAACAUAUUCAGAAGAUUUACAUAUAGAGAAAGUUCAAGUUAUACAAGUAAUUUCCUAACUAAAUGACAUAUGAACAUUUGUUCAUUAGAAAUACAGUUCUCAAUUCACUUCCUGUUUUUAUCGGAGUAACAAUGGUUUAUAGUAUAUAUGCUUAAAAUAAUGUUAUUAGAAAUAUAUGGUAAUAGAGAAAGAUCCAGCACUGAUUGUUAAUUUCCUUGUUAUUUCGGAUUAAAUGAAAGUCAAAUUUAGGCCAAAGAAAUUGAGUUUUUUAAUAUAAAAUUUCCUUGGAGUUAUAAUGUGCUACCCUUGCCUUUUGGGGGAAAAGGCAUUUUAUUACAAAGAAAAACUCUAGCACAGAUUAUAUAAAUCACAUCACUAAUGAUAAUCAUUUAUUUUGUAUUUAUCUCAUAAUGAGACUGGAAAAAAAGCUUUCCCAAUAGUUACCAAUAAUGAAAAAGGUGUUUAAAACAGAUUUUACAAUUAUAAUUUCUCAAAGAAAUGUCAUUUCCUGAUUAUAUUAUUUAUAUUUUUUUCUUCCUUACAUCUUGUCACCUAAAUAAGAGCAUCAACUAUUUAUGUGGCUACUUAAUAAGGAAGUUAUAAAAUUAGCCUUGACUUAAGAUAAUUAGGUGAUUUCUUUAUUAUAAGGUUUCUCUAGAAUCAACCUGAAAGACUUUCAGUUUCAUGUUAAGUCUCAUAUGAGGUUUAUUAAGAACUCAUCAGAUAUCCAGUGUGGUGGCUCACACCUAUUAUCCCAGCACUGGAGAGGUUAAAAAAAAAAAAAA